AUGAACAUGUGGGUCAGGUUAGUAUUCAAAAGUACCACGAACCGUUUCGAGUCUCUUUUUUAUCUUCAAUUACAAGAACGACACCCCACUAUUUAUUUUACCAUCUUUUUUUCCUUUCUCUUUCGUUCUUUUUCUUUUUCUUCGACAGUUCAACGUUUUUAUUUCCUUCGUUUUAACCCAUUACACUUUCCUCUUCCAACUUCUCUUCCCUUUCAAAUCUUCUUCUUCUUCUUCUUCUUCUUCUAUCUGUCUCUAUCUCCUUUCUUUUCUGUUUUGCUUUUUUUUUCACGUUUUUUCUUCUUUCGUAUUAUUUCUUCUUCAUUUGUUUUUCCACAUUCUUGCAACAUAUUCAUUUUUAUUCAGUCCAUAUCCGGGCGGAUAGUCGGUACUGGAUGGUGGUUCUUUACUUUGAUCAUAAUUUCCUCUUACACCGCCAACUUAGCAGCUUUCCUCACCAUUGAACGUCUUCUUCCUCCCAUUAAUUCUGCCAAAGAUCUGGUGGAACAGAAAAAAAUCCAAGUUAGUAUCUAUCUAUCUAUCUAUCUAUCUAUCUAUCUAUCUAUCUAUCUAUCUAUCUAUCUUGUAUUUGUGUUGAACUAUUAG